AUGUCUUCUGCGUUUCAUAUUCAUAUCGGAGGGGCUAGAGUAAUGAUCGGGGAUAUGUUAUGGAAACUUUAUGAAAAAGAAUACAAUGAAGCAACUUAGAAUAAUUAUAUUUAUGAAGAAGUUGAUGGGAAUCAUUAUCCAUUAGCACUUUUCUUCGAUACAGAUGACAGAAUGAUACAUGAAGUCCAAAGGAAUAAGACAGUAAAAUAUAAGAAGCAUUCAUUUGUACAUGGAAAAGAGGAUGCAUUAACUUUUGCUAGAGGUGUUUACACUGUUGGAAGUGACAUUUCAUAUGAAGCAUUAGAUAGCAUUCGAAAAUAAAUAGAAACAAUGAAUCGAUUAGAUGAAUUUGUGAUUACAAGUUCAAUAAGUGGAGGAACUGGUUCUGGAUGCCUUUGUAAAUUGUCAUUUCUAUUAGAGAUGGAAUUUGAAAGUAAAGUAAAAUAAAAUGGAUUUAUAAUUUUCCCAUCUUCAGAGAUGUCGAAUACUGUUGUUGGAGUUUAUAAUGCAGUGUUCUCAAACUCUAUUAUGACAUAAAGAUUUAAUAGUAUCACAAUGUUUGACAAUUAGUCAAUGUACAAUGCUAUUGAUUAUCAAUUACAAAUAGAAAUUGUUGAUUAUUAACAUUUAAAUAAUUUGGUGGCUCAAGUAAUUAGUUCAUAUACUGGAAUAAGAAGAUUUAACAAUUUUGAUAAUUCCAAGUUUUUUUCAAAUUGUGUCCUUAUCCUAGAAUGCAUCAUUUAAUUCCAUCGUAUGGCAAAAUGACUUUAAUAAAUGAUUACACUAGAACAGAAUUAUAGCAAUAAUAAUUCAUUCAAUAUCUUACUAAAAAGGAAUGUUAACUUUAUCAAAGUCUGCUUAAUCCUCGUCAUAUAUCUACAGCAUUAUUAUUUAGAUAAAAAUAACUGAACCCUUUAUAUGGUUAAUUUGAUGUAACUCUAAACAAUUUAGAUCUUUGUUUUGGCUAACGUUCACAUAUUUUUUAAUGUGCAUCAUCAAAUUACUAAGUUUUGCCUGAACUUGCAUAAAUGAAAUAAACUGGAUCCUUUUUUUCUAAUGAUGCCUCAAUUACUAGUAGAUUUAAAUAAUUAAGAGAGAGCUUUAGUAGUCUUCGCAGAAGAACUGCUUUUCAUUAGUGGUAUAUUCGUGAAAAUAUGGAAGAUGGAGAGUUUUCUCGAGCAUUAUACGACAUAGAAAGUUUAGAAAAAGAAUACAAUGAAGUAAUAUCCUAGAAUAAUCAAUAAAUUCUGAAUGAAAAGAAUGAUGAUGAUUUGUGA